GCUAGCGGAUCGCAGAAUGAGUCGAUGUCGCCGCUGUGGACGCCUGUCAUCCCGGGAGGGAAGUUACCUUAUCAAAUGAGGAUUGUGACAUCUUAGCACAUUAUCUGCGACAGGGUCGCUGUCGAUCUCUGCUCACCAUGGUGUUCGAGUCUUUAGUCAGUGAUCUCUUGAACAGGUUCAUAGGAGAUUAUGUGGAAAACCUGGACAAAUCGCAGCUCAAGAUCGGCAUAUGGGGAGGAAAUGUGGUGUUGGAAAAUCUGAGGGUGAAAGAAAAUGCUUUGAGCGAGUUUGACGUCCCUUUUAAAGUGAAGGCUGGUCAGAUUGGUAAACUGACUCUGAAGAUCCCUUGGAAAAACCUGUACAGUGAGGCGGUGGUGGCCACAUUAGAUGGAUUAUACCUUCUGGUGGUUCCCGGUGCAACUGAGUCUAAGAUAUUUUCCUCACCUUACAAUGCGAUUAAGUAUGAUCCAGUUAAAGAAGAGCGUUACCUGCAGGAGGCCAAACAGAAGGAGCUUCAGCGCAUUGAAGAAACCCUUCAGCUGGUUGCACGCAGAGGCUCUCAGGCUGGAGAUUUUGUGUUUAGUCUGGAGAGUUAUGUGUAUAAGAAUCCACCACGGGACAAAGGACGUAAGCUUAAAAAGCAUAAAAAAACAUUUAGGAGAUCUAAAAAGUAUGAACAUAAAGCAGAGAAGCCCCAGGAAGAAAAGAAGGACACGUUUGCCGAGAAACUGGCUACACAAGUUAUCAAAAACCUUCAGGUCAAAAUCACCAGCAUUCACAUCCGAUAUGAGGAUGAUGUGUCAGAUCCACAAAGACCUCUUGCUAUGGGCAUGACUCUUUCUGAACUCAGUCUACAGACAGCAGAUGAGAACUGGAAGACGUGCAUUCUGAACGAAGCAGCCAAGAUCAUCUACAAGCUAUGCCGUUUGGAGUGUUUUUGUGCCUAUUGGAACGUGAACAGCCCAAUCUUCUACAGAGGCUCAUGGAAGGAAAUAGUGGACAAUCUGAAAGCAGGAAUCAGCACAAAAAAUGAGGAACUGCAAGGCUAUCAGUACAUUUUCAAACCAAUAUUUGCCUCUGCAAGGAUGUGCAUCGACUCUAAUGCUGAAGUUGAGCUAAAAUCACCCAAAGCAAACCUGCACCUUGAGGUUCAGAACAUUGCAAUUGAGAUGACCAAGCCUCAGUACCUGUCUAUGGUGGAUCUGUUGGAGUCUAUAGACUGCAUGGUGAAGAACGGCCCCUACAGAAAGUUUAGGCCUGAUGUUAAAGUCCACAAAAACACCAGGCAAUGGUGGAAAUACAGCAUCAACAGUAUCCUGGAAGUACACAUCAGGCGCUUUAACCAGAUGUGGGACUGGAACAACAUCAAGAAGCACAGGCUCACACUUAAGGCUUACAAAGCUGCAUACAAAAUCAAACUCACACAGGGUAAAGUCAGAGAAGACACAGAGAAACAGAUCCAGGAGCUGGAGAAAGUUCUGGAUGUGUUCAACAUUGUACUGGCCAGACAGCAAGUUCAGAUGGAGGUGGUUCGGUCAGGACAGAAGCUGGUCGCUAAAAAGGAUGCCACUCAGAAACAGAGUGGAGGAGGCUUUUUCAGCAGUUUUUUUGGGAAGAAAGAAGGGAAGAAGAAAAGGGAAGAAGAGGAUAAAGAGCCUGAGAGUAUUGAUUCCAUCAUGACUCCUGAAGAGAAAACAAAACUCUACACAGCCAUUGGCUACAGUGGGAGCUCACAUAAUCUUGCCUUACCAAAACAUUAUGUAGCUGUGAUCGUCAACUUUAAACUGUUGAGCACCUCAGUAACAUUCAGAGAAGAGCCUGGCGUUCCAGAGAUCCUCAAAGUGCAAAUGAUUGACCUCAGUACAUCAAUCUCACAGAGACCAGGAGCACAGGCCAUCAGGGUGGAAGCUAAGCUGGAGCACUGGUACGUGACUGGUCUCCAGCAGCAGGGGAAGGUGCCGUCUCUCAUAGCAUCAGUCGGAGGCUCUGACUCUUCUCUGCUCAGCGUGCUCUUUGAGCUCAAUCCAAAGGACAGCACUGCUGACCAGCUCCUCAGAGUCCACUCACAGCCUGUAGAGAUCAUCUAUGACGCUCUGACUGUCAUCAGCAUCACAGAAUUCUUUAAGACGGGGAAAGGAGUUGAUCUGGAGGUCAUCACCUCAGCAACACUCAGCAAACUUGAGGAGAUCAAGGAGAAGACAGCCACUGGCUUGUCGCACAUUAUUGAGACACGUAAGGUGUUGGACUUGAGGAUCGAUCUAAAACCCUCCUACCUGCUGCUGCCCAAGUCUGGAUUCCAUGAUGGCAAAUCAGACCUCAUGAUCGUUGAUUUUGGUUACCUGCAGUUAAACAGCUUAGACCAGGGCACCAAUCAGCAGGUAUCUGCCAGUUUCUCAUCACUAGAGGAAAUCAUGGAUAGAGCAUAUGAAAGAUUUUCCUUGGAGCUCCGCAGUGUCCAGAUACUCUACAGCAAAUCAGGAGAGGAAUGGGAAAAUGCUCGUCUUAAAGGCAUCUCCCAUCAGCACAUCCUGCAGCCGAUGGACUUCACACUUCAACUCGCUAAAUGUAUGGUGGAUAAAGAUUCCCGUAUGCCCAGGUUCAAAGUAUCAGGGGAGCUGCCGUUACUUCAUGUGAAGAUUUCUGAUCAGAAGAUCCAGGGAGUUCUGAAGCUGGUGGACAGUAUUCCUCUGCCUCAGUCUACCUCAUCUCCUCCUAGCACCCCCACAGAAAAGGUAUUGGGGAAGCCGCUGUCUGAUGCCAGGCCAAAGGUCUUGGGUUUAGACCCCACAGUUUUGUCCUACACUGUUGAGUCAGACUCUGACGAAGACACCAGUGAGAAGUCUGCAGAUGACGACUCUCUCAAAUCAACCUUAGAGGAACUGACCGAAGUGCAGUUUCAGUUUGAAGUCAAAGCGGUCUUGUUGGAGCUUACAAGGCAGGCCGCUCAGGAGGAUGUCAUAUUGGCUCUUAAUGUGUCUCAACUGGGAGCAAAGGGCAAGAUGCGAACCUUCGAUCUCACUGUAACAUCUUACUUGCGCAAGAUCAGCCUAGACUACUGCGAGAUAAAAGAUGCGCAAGUCCAGCCACUUCAUCUAAUGACCUCUUCAGACAAGCAUGGCUCUGAUCUAUUGAAAGUGGAGUACAUCAAAGCUGAUGUCAGUGGACCCAGCUUCCACACCUUAUUUAAUAAUACAGAACAGACACUGAAGGUGGAGUUUUCCUCACUAGACUUCCUGCUGCACACUAAAGCUUUGCUGUCUACCAUCAACUACAUGAAUUCAGCAAUACCACAAGAUCUCACAGCUUCUAAAGACAGUGAAACCCAGAGACAAGCUGAGAGAACAGCAGCAGGGAAGACAGUGUCUAAGGGUUCGAAGGACUCUGCGGUUGUGAACUUUAAGCUGUCUGCCGUACUCGGCUCUUUCAGAGUGUCUGUUUGCGAUGACAGAAGCAACAUUGCUGACAUCCGGGUUCAAGGCAUCGAUGCAUCUGUGGUGGUCCAGGCCAAAGAAACAGAAGUUUUUGCCCGUCUGCGUGACAUUGUGGUUCUUGAUGUGGACCCUAAGACCAUCCACAAGAAGGCAGUGUCAAUCGUCGGAGAAGAAGUGUUCAGCUUCAAGUUGACGUUGUAUCCCGGGGCGACUGAAGGUGAAGGCUACACUGACACCUCCAAAGUAGAUGGGAGAGUUAUCCUGAGACUUGGCUGUAUCCAGAUCGUCUACCUGCACAAGUUCCUUAUGUCUUUAUUGGACUCUUUAAGCUAUCAGUAUCCCUCUGCUGAUGAGAUGUUUGCGGAUAACUUCCAGACAGCUAAAGAGGCUCUCAGCGCCGCCACGGCUCAGGCCGCAGAGAAAGCAGCUUCCAGUGUGAGGGAUUUUGCUCAGAAGAGUUUCAGACUUGCCAUGAACAUCAGGCUGAAGGCUCCCCUUAUCAUAAUCCCUCAGUCCUCCACAUCCCAUAAUGCACUUGUGGUUGACCUGGGUCUCAUAACUGUGGAGAACAGCUUCUCACUGCUGGCAGCUGAGGGCUUCCCAUUGCCUGCCGUUUUGGAGACCAUGGAUGUAAAACUCACGCAGCUCAAACUAUCUAGGACUGUUCUGAAGCGUGAUGCUGCACGUCUAGAUGUUGAGAUUCUGAAGCCCAUAAAUCUAGAGCUUUUACUCAAGCAUAAUCUGGCUGCCACUUGGUACAACACAAUUCCCGGAAUGGAGCUCAAUGGAGUACUUAUGUCAAUGGAUAUGGCUCUUGGCCAGGAGGAUAUUGGGGUCCUCAUGAGAAUCCUAGCAGAGAACAUUGGCGAGGGAAGCAGGGCUGCUGCAGUGGAGGAAACAAAAGCUUCUGUUAAAAAUGAAGCUGUAGAUGAAGAACAGAUAGAGACACUUCCUGUAGGGACAGAGACACAACCUGCAUUGACCAAUGGUGCUUUCACUGAGAAUGUUGUCAAUGUGCUGCUCAAUUUUGAAAUCAAGAUAAUCAGUUCCUCAGCAGAGUCGGGUGCAGAUCUUCUUGAAGUCAAGUACUUUAAGGCUGAUCAAAAUGGGCCCAACUUUGCAAGCCUUUACCAGAAUACUGAGCAGAAGAUCAGUGUGGUGUUCUCUUCUUUAGACUUGAUGCUGCAUACUGAGGCUCUCCUCUCUACCAUGGACUUCCUGUCUACUGCCCUGUCCAACAGCAGUCUGCCCUCACCUGAGAGAGAGAGCAAAAAGAGUGAAGACACUAAAACUACCUCAACUAAAUCCACUGCACUGAGCUCUCCCUCUGAUGGUGACAUCAUUGACCUGAUGGUGAACAUGCAGCUCGGAGCAUUUAAUGUGUUGGUUUGUGACCAGAAGAGCAACAUGGCUGACAUCAGAAUUCAGGGUUUGGACGGUUCUCUACAGAUGCAAGGAACUCAGAUGCACAUGUCCACACGUUUGCGUGACUUCAUCAUCAUGAAUGUGGAUCCUAAAACAAUUCACAAGAAGGCCAUCUCCAUCGUAGGCGACGAGGUGUUCAGCUUCAGCAUGAGUCUGACACCCAAAGCCACUGAGGGGGCUGGGUAUACAGAUACUUCAAAGGUCGAUGGCAAAGUGAAACUCAACGUGGGCUGUAUUCAAGUGGUCUACCUUCACAAAUUUUUCAUGUCCUUACUGAAUUUCAGUAAUAACUUCCAGACAGCUAAAGAGGCUCUCAGCGCCGCCACGGCUCAGGCCGCAGAGAAAGCAGCUUCCAGUGUGAGGGAUUUUGCUCAGAAGAGUUUCAGACUUGCCAUGAACAUCAGGCUGAAGGCUCCCCUUAUCAUAAUCCCUCAGUCCUCCACAUCCCAUAAUGCUGUGGAGGCAGACCUGGGUCUCAUAACUGUGGAGAACAGCUUCUCUCUGCUCUCAGUGAAAGGUCGUCCGCUGCCUGCUGUCAUCGAUAAUAUGGAUGUACAGCUCACACAGCUAAAACUUUCCAGAAUUUCAAUGGAGCAGGACUCAAAUCAGCCUAGUUUAAAACUGUUGGAGCCUGUCAACCUCGUUCUGUCUGUUAAACGUAACCUGGCGGCAUCAUGGUACCAGAAGAUGGCUGCCAUCGAGGUGGAUGGAGAUCUGAAGCCCAUGAAGGUGGCUCUGAGUCAAGAUGACCUGACUGUCCUGCUGCGGAUUCUGAUGGAGAACAUCGGAGAGGCGAGCAGUGAUCAAUCUGACACACCGAUCGGCUCAGAGGCAGCCCUCAAACAAGAGAGCGUGCUUGUCAGAGCUCGUGCAGCGACUGAUUCUGAGAUUCUUGUGGAGAAGCUGUCUGAAAGUAAACUGGGGGACACAGAGCUGCUGGAGAGUGUCAAAUUCAGCUUUAAUGUGGAGUCCCUUGGCCUUACUCUUCACAGUAACGAUCCUGCAAAGCCCUCUGUUCAUGAGGAGCAGUCAUGUUUAGGUGAAUUUAUGCUGUGUAAAAUGAAGACUUUAGGCAAAAUGUUUACUAAUGGAAACAUGGAGGUCUCCACCAUCCUCACCACAUGCACACUAGAUGACAGGAGGAGCGGUAUUCAGAGAGUCACAUCCAGGAUGCUGGGAAGGCGUGAUGAGGAGACGUCAGAGCCCAUGAUUGAUAUGACAUACUCUCAGAGUGUGGAUGAGCGCUCGGUGGUCGCUGUGCUGCAGAAGCUCUAUUUGUGCGCUAGCGUGGAGUUCCUGUUGGCUGUGGCCGACUUUUUUGUGCAAGCCCUGCCUUCAGGUCCACCUACACAGAGAGACAAAACCAAUCAGCUGCCACUCAGAUAUGUCUCAGAGCCCAAAAUCCAGAGUGAACCUAAUGCAGCUCCGAGAACCAGACUGCGAGCAGUUGUGGUGGACCCAGAGAUUGUGUUUGUGGCUAACCUGAUGAAGGCAGAUGCUCCUGCAAUGGUGGCCUCAUUCCAGUGUGAUUUUAGCUUCCUGUCUGAAGACACGGGCCAGGCAAUGAAGGCCAACAUCAGAAGCCUCAAAGUGCUCGCCUGCCCCUUUAUCAGGACGGAGGGUGACAAAGCUGAGACCACCGUGCUGAGACCAUGCUCUGUUGAACUUGAGACCAAAAUGCCAACCAAUGCCCCAUUAACUGGUUCAGUAACUGUAGAGGAGUUCAUAGUGAAAAUCUCUCCUAUCAUUCUUAACACUGUCAUUACCAUCACGGCUGCCAUGGCGCCCAAACCUAAAGAAGAGCCGUCACAGCAGACGUCAGAUGACUUACACAGCCUCUGGUCUUUGAUGAAUGUGGCUAAUGCAAACUACUGGUUCCUUGGUGUGGAUACAGCCUCCGAGGUCACCGAGAGCUUCAAGGAUGUGGACAGCAGUAAGGAUGGAGAGAGCUUUGAGAUGAACGUGAAGGUGGUGCAGGUCACGCUGGAGUCAGGUUUGGGGCAUCGGACUGUUCCCCUGCUGCUUGCAGAAUCGUCUUUCACCGGUACUGCUCAGAACUGGUCGUCAUUGCUCAGUGUCUCUGCAGAUAUGACACUGGAGGUGAAUUACUUCAAUGAGACUCAUGCAGUUUGGGAGCCACUGCUUGAGAGAGUGGACAACGGCAAACGGAGGUGGAACCUUAAAUUAGAUAUGAAGAAUAACCCUGUUCGGGAUAAAAGUCCAUUUCUUGGGGAUGAUUUUAUUAUGUUGCCAGAUCCUCGCACAGCCAUCACCAUAUGUUCCAAAGACACCAUGAACAUCACAGUGUCCAAGUGCUGCCUCACUGUCUUCAUCAACCUGGCUAAGGCGUUCUCAGAGAGCACAGCCUCCACGUUUGACCAUUCUCUGAAGGAGAAAUCUCCCUACACCAUCCGCAAUGCAUUAGGCAUUCCUCUCUUUGUUCAGCACAGUGCUAACCUGCGUUUGACUGGCUCGUCCUCGCUGGUUAAACUGCAUGAAUUGGCCGUGGAUAAAAGUGUGGAUUUCGAACAUUCAUCCUUUGAGCGUUCAUCACCACUGUCUGCCCUGCAGAGGCAGGAAAGCUGCUUAUUCAAUCUCAGCAUAGUUCCCUCAGGUUACAGUGAGAUUUCAAAUAUCCCGUUGGGUAAGCCUGGCCGUAGACUCUAUAAUGUCAGAGGACCCAUGCAACGGGAUGCUGUGUCUGUUCUGCUUCAGAUCGAUGCCAGCGAGGGCAACAAGGUCAUCACAGUACGCUCCCCCCUACAGAUUAAAAACCAUUUUUCGGUGCCUUUUGCCAUUCUGAAGUAUUCUUCUGAACUUGGAGGGAUGGUGAAUGUAGGGGUUGCCGAGCCUGAGAAGGAGUGUCAUGUUCCUCUAGAAGCUUACAGGAGUCAGUUGUUCUUGCUGCCUGUCGGUCCUUUAGAACAUCUGUAUGGUGCGUCCACCACAUGCAUCGCAUGGAAGGAGCAGGUGCAUGUGAGCUUAGAGGUUCAAGCAGUGCUGCAGUGUCCCGCAACAGACAGUAGCUUUCUGCCACUGGUGGUGAACACACUGGCCGUGCCUGAUGACCUCAGCCACAUCGGCAGCCAUGAGGAAGGGGACUGGGACCCUGCUUACGUCAUCCACCUGCACCCAGCUGUCACUCUCAAAAACCUGCUACCUUACUCAAUACGUUACCUGCUGGAGGGUUCUGCCGACUUCUACGAGCUUCAGGAGGGCAGUUCGGCGGAUGUGCUGAAUUCGAAUGUUGGCGGUGAAUUAAUGAAGCUUGUUUUGAUCAAGUACCACGGUCGCAACUGGAAUGGAAAUAUGAGGAUUAGCAAAGAAAUGCCUGAGUUCUUGUCCAUCAGCUUCACCUGUGACACACAAGAAGGACUGACCGUGGACCUGUGUGUGCAUGUGUCUCGAAUGAAUGGCAAAAUGGUCCUCUCUGUUUACAGUCCGUACUGGAUCAUCAAUAAAACGUCCCGUGUGCUGCAGUAUCGUGCAGAAGAUACAUAUAUGAAACACCCAUCUGACUUCAGAGACGUCAUUCUGUUCUCCUUCAAAAAGAAGAAUUUCUUCAACAAGAAUAAGUUGCAGCUCUGUGUGUCCACCAGCUCAUGGUCCAAUGGCUUCUCGCUGGACACCGUUGGUAGCUACGGAUGUGUCCGUUGUCCAAACAAAAGCGGGGACUACUUGGUUGGGGUUAGCAUCCAGAUGAGCAGCUUUAAUCUGACACGGAUUGUUACCAUGAGUCCUUUCUACACGCUAGUCAAUAAGUCCUCGUUUGAGCUGGAGGUUGGAGAGGUGCAAAACAACAAUGGUUUCAGCUGCAAGUGGCACUACAUCUCCUCCACAGAGUGUUUGCCUUUUUGGCCUGAGGCCAGCACUGGGAAGCUGUGUGCACGAGUUGUGGGAUCUGAAUCUAGCUCCAAAUCGUUCUUCUUCAACAAGCAGGACAACGGGACUCUGCUGCGCAUGGAACAGUAUGGUGGCGUGAUAGUGGAUGUGAAUAUUGCAGACCACUCCACUGUCAUCAGCUUCACUGAUUACUAUGAUGGAGCUGCACCUGCAUUGGUUUUGAAUCACACAACUGCAGCCACUGUCAACUUCAGACAGAGAGGCUGUGAGGAGUCUUGGGCACUGAGACCAGGUGAAGCUCAGCGUUUUGCAUGGGAUGAUCCAGCAGGGGAGCGGAAGCUUUGCUGGAGCUGUGAGGACCACAGCGGAGAACUGGACCUUGUAAAGGACGAGUGUGGGCAGUUUGCUUACAGCAGCUUAGUUCAGAUACACUGGGUGUCUUUCCUGGACGGCCGACAGCGGGUGCUGAUCUUCACUGAGGAUGUUGGCAUAGUCUCAAAAGCACGGCAGGCAGAGGCACUGGAGCAGUCCCAGCAAGAAGUCAACAUUUCAUUAAAGAACCUGGGCCUGUCACUCAUCAACAAUGACAUCAGGCAGGAGAUCGCAUACGUUGGCAUCACCAGUUCUGGUGUGGUUUGGGAGAUGAGACCAAAGAACCGCUGGAAGUCCUUUAACCACAAGAACAUUGGACUGUUGGAGAAAGCCUACCAGGACCUUAUCAACAGCAAGAGUGAACCAGGCUGGACUAGACUAGAAACUGGCCUAGAGGUGAACUUUGAAAGAUUUCCUAUGGUGAUGAGACAGCCAAUUCCCUGCGCUAUCAGGAGAAACUUCCUGCCUGGCAUUCGUAUUGAGUUGAAACAGUCGCCUCACCAGAGGAGUUUACGUGCACAGCUCUAUUGGCUACAGGUGGAUAAUCAGCUUCCUGGAGCUAUAUUUCCUACCGUGUUUCAUCCUGUUCCUCUUCCAAAAUCUAUUGUUCAAGACUCAGAGCCGAAGCCGUUUAUCGACGUUAGCAUCAUCACAAGGUUUAAUGAGCACAGCCAAGUCAUGCAGUUUAAGUACUUUAUGGCAUUAGUGCAGGAGAUGGCAGUGAAGAUCGAUCAGGGCUUCUUGGGAGCAAUCCUCGCCUUGUUUACCCCAGCUACCGACUCCCAGGAUAGUAAAGAAAGGAAUAAGCUGAUAGAGAAGGAUCUGGAGGCGCUGCAGGCUCAGCUGAUGGAGAGCUCCAUGACAGACACCUCAGGCCUGAGCUUCUUUGAGCAUUUCCACAUCUCUCCUAUUAAACUGCACCUGAGUCUGUCUCUGGGCUCCAGUGGAGAUGAAUCUGAGCAGGGUGAUAUGGUUGCAAUCCAGUCCGUCAACCUCCUGCUCAAAAGCAUAGGUGCCACACUCACUGAUGUAGAUGAUCUGAUUUUCAAACUGGCUUACUUUGAGGUGAAAUAUCAGUUCUACCGACGAGAGAAACUGAUGUGGACGGUGAUCAGACACUACUCUGAACAAUUCCUAACGCAGAUGUACGUGCUGGUUUUGGGUCUGGAUGUUCUUGGAAAUCCAUUCGGGCUGAUCCGAGGCUUAUCAGAAGGAGUGGAGGCUUUCUUCUACGAGCCCAUCCAGGGGGCUGUUCAAGGACCCGAGGAAUUUGCAGAAGGUUUUGUUAUCGGUGUUCGAAGUUUACUGGGCCACACCGUGGGGGGCGCAGCUGGCAUGGUGUCUCGUAUAACAGGCACUGUAGGAAAAGGCUUGGCUGCCAUCACUAUGGACAAAGAGUAUCAGCAGAAACGGAGGGAGGAGAUGAACAGACCCACUAAAGACUUUGGAGAGAGUCUGGCUAAAGGAGGAAAGGGUUUCCUCAAGGGAGUGGUUGGUGGAGUAACAGGAAUUGUGACUAAACCAGUGGAAGGGGCGAAGAAAGAGGGGGCUGCAGGCUUCUUCAAGGGCAUUGGGAAAGGCCUGGUUGGAGUGGUGGCCAGACCUACAGGGGGCAUCAUAGACAUGGCAAGCAGUACUUUUCAGGGCAUUCAAAGAGUGGCAGAAUCGACUGAAGAGGUGACUAAAUUAAGGCCAGUGCGUCUCAUACAAGAGGACGGCAUCCUACGGCCCUACGACCAACAUGAGUCGGAGGGCUAUGACCUCUUUCAGAGGUCUGAGAUUAAACAGUUGAAGGGAGAGAUCUUCAGAGAGCACUAUGUGUACCCGGGGCGCAAAAAAACAAACAUCAUUAUCACCAACAGGAGAGUGAUGUGUGUGAAGGAGAUCGACGUGAUUGGACAUUUCAAUAAAGAAUGGGAAUGUAAAUUUGAGUACUUUCAAAGCCCUCCAAGCACAGAAGGAGGAGAUUUGAAGAUAUAUUACCGGGAACACAACAAAUUAAACCUCAUUAGGAAGGAUGGACAGACGCCUGUCAAAGUGAUACACAUGAGACAUGCUGACAUGGCUGAGAGACUGCGACAAGGAAUUGACAGUGCCCAGUUUGCACGCACGCAGUAUCGGAUGGCACGGCAGAAAUCACAGCGCUUCAUCAAAAUGGGCAACAUUUAAAUCAGCCAGUCGAACCAUGUAAAUGCAUUCCCACAUCUUAGUUUAACAUACUGCCUAGCAUUCAAAGCAUCAAUUAUGUAUAGAAAUAUAUGUUAGCAAAUGUAUUAGUUAAUCUUUAAUGUGUCUGAAUUUUUGGAGUAAGAACUACUUUUUUAUGUUUUAAGCACUUCCUCUUGUGUUUUGCUCAAGGUCUUUUUGAUGGGAUAAAAAACAAAUAUGGAAAAGAGAUUUCGUUGUUAAAUAUUUUGUUUGAUUAUUUUGCACUUGCCAUAAAAACAUACAUCGCUUCGAUAUGUGCAAUAUGAGUCUUGAGCAGUUUAGCU